GUCGCAAUCAAGAUGAUCAACACUCAGAAAGUAACGGAGGAAUUUCGCAGUAAAUUUCUUCCCCGAGAGAUUGAAUGCUGGAAGCGGCUCAAUCAUCCUCAUCUAGUCCGGAUCCUUGGCCACUAUGAAGCCAUGCAACACGUAUUUCUCACAAUGGAAUUCGCGAGAGGAGGCGAUAUGCUACAACACGUGCAGAGAAAAGGACCCGUGAAGGAGCACCAGGCGAUGAUUUGGAUGUCUCAAGUAAUAUCUGCAGUAUAUUACAUGCAUACGCGUGGAAUUGUACAUCGCGAUCUCAAAUUGGAAAAUAUCGUCAUCUUUCCGGACGAAGGCAUCAUCAAAAUCAGUGAUUUCGGAUUCGCACGUAGC